AUGAGGCUGUGUGUUUCCUUAGCAUUCAUCUGUAUGACGCUCUCAGCAGUGUUUGGGUUAAAGUGUUUCACCUGCUGGAAUGCAAACCCCGGUACUUGCACUCAGGUGUGGAACUGUCCUCAACAUUACGACCGCUGCAGCACCACCAUUGCUGCUGAAAAUAUGAUCACCAAGGAAUGCAUGAGAAGUGAUAUGUGCAAUAACGUAGAUUCCUUGGGUGUCAGAUGCUGCGCUGAAGACCUGUGUAAUGGAGCUAAACACGCUGGAGUCUUUGUCCCUCUCCUUUUAGCGCCCUUAGCCAUCAUUACACUCUUCAUUUGA